UCGGAAUUUCAAAAUCACGAUGGCCGAAAAAAUUAACACAACCAGUUGGUUUAAAGAAUAUUGCUUAAAAAAUAAUAAUUAACAACAAAAAAGGGUUAAAGACAAUGCGUUUAUUUCUAUUCUUGAUGUUAUUCCCACUAAUAUACAUAGUUCAUGGAAAAAAUAAUGUGAAAACUCUCACCGAGUCAAUGGGGCAAGAAGUUAUUGAAAUUGGGGCGCCCAUAAAAGAACUUCCUAUGGGUCUUGAAGAGGAACCAGGGGCAGACAAUGAUGAGGAUAUACCACAGAAGACUUCUAGUCACACCAUCAUGCCAGCCACAAAGAAAGACGCGAAGAAACCUACUGCCAAAGAUUAUAAUAUGUCUGACAAUAGAAAAAAGAUGAAAGAUAUAGAAAAGAUUGACGGAAUGUCUCCAGACGACGAGGAGGCAAGAAUAGAGAAGGAACUAGCUGAGAUAUACAAGGACACGGCAGAUUACAAAUCAGAAAGUGGUGAAGAACCAGGACAGGAGGUGAAGGAGUCACCUAAAGCGGAACCAGUGAACGACCUGCCGCAGAGCGAGGAUACGUCCUCCGAGGAGGUGGAUAAACCUAUUGGGAGAGAGAGGACCAACUUCAAAUUUCAACCGGACUCCACCGACAAGGCUGAGAUCGAGAAAUUCAGGACUUCCAUAGAUGAAAUUAGCUGUAACAACAGACAGAAACUUAGUGGCACUCCAACACCAAGGACACCGGUAACCAACAAAGCGUUCGACAGCCUUCAUCACGGCAUGACGGUCGUAUCGAUGUUAAUUUGUUAUAUUUUUAUGUGUACUUAAUUAAUAAACAAUAAUUUAAAUACAAGAAAACAACUGGCAAUAUUUGCAAUUGUAUAGUUUUUGUUUUUUGUUAGUAGAACUGUAUGGAGUCCCUCAGGGAAGGAUGUUAUGUCCAAUACAAUUUUGUAUUCGCAAUUGGUUGAUGACUUAGACCUGACCCGACACUGCAUGCAUGAAGGUCAUAAUAUUUCAGUGACGUUGGGCGUCACAUAGGGCGGAUAUUUUGCCGUAUAUUUUCAUUUUUCCUUUCAUAACAUACGAUAGUUACUUAUCGCACAGUAAUUAUGGGAAGUUAUGAAGCAUAGUUGCUAAAGAACAAUAAUAUAAAGCAGCCUGCAACUAGACUCAGACUGACAAUAUACUAUUGGUUUCAACGCAAGUCAGUGCAUCAUUAUUUUUGUCAUCCAUAUUUAAAUGGCUGUAGUGUUUUAUAUGUUGUGUAUUAUUAAAUUGUUUGUUGAUUCAAUAAAAUAUAUUGAUGUUA